AUGGCAAUUGCAACCAUGACUACUCCUCUUCCUAUUUCCUUAUUCCCUUUUCUUCUUCUCAUUCCCGCUAUCUGUUUUACCAUUUGUCAUGCCAAUUCCAACCUACUUUGCAUUCAGAGUGAGAGAGAAGCUCUUUUGAAAUUCAAGAAUCAUCUUAUUGAUCCUUCAAACAGGCUAUCGUCAUGGGUUGAAGGUGGGGAUUGCUGUGAAUGGACUGGUGUCGUCUGCCAUAACUCAACAGGCCACGUCAACCAACUGCACUUGGCUUCUCCCCCUUUUUCACCUUCAGCCCUAGGAGGCAAAAUAAAUCCUUCACUGUUGGAGUUGAAGCAUCUCAGUUCGCUGGACUUGAGCAAUAACGAUUUUAGCAGCAUACAUAUCCCGAUAUUUUUGGGUAUGCUGGGGAGUUUAACCCAUCUUAACCUCUCUCGAGCAGGAUUCCAGGGAGCAAUUCCUCAUAACCUGGGGAAUCUUUCAAAGUUGCAGUAUCUUGAUCUUCGAGGUAAUGAUCUCAAAUCAAAAAGUCUUCAAUGGGUUUCUGGACUUUCUUCCUUGCAGUACCUUGAUUUGAGUUAUGCGGAUCUUCAUAAAGCAACUGAUUGGGUACAGGUAACAUUCAAACUUCCUUCUUUGUUAGAGUUGCACUUGUCAAAAUGUAGUUUAGACAAUGAUCCAUCUCCGACCAGUGUUAAUUCUACAAAAUCACUGGUUGUUCUUGAUCUUUCUUGGAACAGCUUAUCUUCAGUACCUAAGUGGAUAUUUAGUCUUCAUGGUCUUGUGUCCAUUGAUCUUAGUGUCAAUUCUUUGGAAGGCCCAAUUCCAGAUUACUUUCGGAACAUCUCGUUUCUUGAAGUUCUUGAUCUUAGUGGGAAUCAUCUCAAUUCAUCCAUACCCAACUCCUUGUACAGUUUAAACCGUCUUCAGUUCCUUAGUCUUGGCUAUAACCAGUUACAAGGAACAAUCUCGAGUGCCAUUGGAAACUUGAGCUCUGUUACUCAGCUUGAUCUUUCGGUAAAUCAAUUAAAUGGUCAAAUUCCAUUGUCUAUAGGGGAGUUAUCAUCUCUGAAGUUGUUUGAUGUUUCAGAAAAUCAAUUAAAUGGUCAAAUUCCAUUGUCUAUAGGGCAGUUGUCAUCUUUGGAGGAGUUUGAUGUUUCAGAAAAUCAAUUAAAUGGUCAAAUUCCAUUGUCUAUAGGGGAGUUAUCAUCUCUGAAGUGGUUUGAUGUUUCAAAAAAUCAAUUAAACGGCCAAAUUCCCUUGUCUAUAGGGCAGUUGUCAUCUUUGGAGGUAUUUGAUGUUUCAGAAAAUCAAUUUAAUGGUACAUUUCCUCUAUCUUUUGGACGACUAGAAAGUUUGGAAACUCUGGAUUGUGGGUAUAAUCUAUUAGAAGGCGUUGUAUCAGAAACCCAUUUUUCUAAUCUCACGAGAUUGACAACUCUAGCAGCAUCACACAAUCGGCUUAGAUUUGAAUCAAACUCAAGCUGGAUUCCCCCAUUUCAAUGUGAAAGUAUCGAAUUGGGUCACUGGCAUCUUGGCCCAAAGUUUCCCCAGUGGCUAAAAUUCCAAAAUAAAUUGUCUUAUUUGGAUAUCUCCUAUGCAGGAAUUUCAGAUGUCAUGCCCACUUGGUUUUUGAACCUUCCCACUCCAUUUGAAUAUUUAAACCUUUCCUCGAAUCAACUUAGAGGAGAGAUUUCAUAUUUGAAUGUGAGCAGCUUUGUUGAUUUGAGUUCAAACCGAUUCAUAGGCCCAUUGCCAAGAGUAUUCCCAAGUUUACGAUUUCUAAUUUUAUCAAAUAAUUCAUUUUCGGGAUCUCUUUUUGAAUUAGUUUGUAAUUCAUCAAGUGGGGAAUUUAUGGAAAUUCUUUACAUUGAUAAAAAUCUUAUCUCAGGAGAUAUUCCAGACUGUUGGAAUCAUUGGCAGGUUUUAGGCCUUUUAAAUUUGGGAAGCAACAAUUUGACCGGCAAAAUCCCACCUUCUUUAUGGCAUCUAAAUUUUAUAAUGCUAAACCUUCGAAACAAUACCAUGUUUGGAGAAUUGCCAUCCACAUUGCAAAAUUCUCCAAAUUUCAUUAUGUUUGAUCUUAGUGAAAAUCAUUUCAGUGGAAGUGUACCAGCAUGGAUUGGUGAUAAGCUCUCAAACCUUGUGACUCUAAGCCUUCGAUCAAAUAACUUUGAUGGACAUAUUCCUCAUAAAAUUUGUGAUCUUCAAUUUCUUCAAAACUUGGACCUUGCCCACAACAACAUUUCUGGAGUUAUUCCAAAAUGUUUCAAUAAUUUAAGUGCAAUGGCCACAACAAACAAAACCAAUAAUUUUGUUUUUGUGAAGUAUGUAAAUGCUGACUCCUUUUUUUUGAACGCAUUAUUGGUGUUGAAAGGACGAGAGGAUGAAUAUGGUAGCACACUAGGACUUGUUACGAGCAUGGACCUUUCAGAUAACAGUCUCACAGGAGAGAUCCCCAAAGAAAUUGGUAGUCUCGUUGGACUAUUGUCUUUAAAUUUUUCAGGGAAUCUCCUAACAGGAAAUAUACCAGACAGCAUUGGCAACAUAGAGUUAAUGGAAUCUCUUGAUUUGUCCAUGAAUCGACUAAAUGGUGAAAUCCCUCCAAGUUUCUCCAAUUUGAAUUUCUUGAAUCAUUUCAAUGUGUCCCACAACAACUUGACAGGACAAAUCCCAACAAGCACUCAGCUUUAA